AUGCCUAAAGAAGGUGGCUUUUGCGGGUAUAGAAAUAUCCAGAUGCUGGUCUCCCAUAUCCAGGAUACCCGUGCGGAUGGCUACGAACAAUUUCCUGGAAGGCUCCCUACAAUCUUGCGGUUACAGGACCUUAUUGAGCAAGCCUGGGACUUGGGUUUUAACAGUAAUGCGCAAAUAGAAACAGGGGGGAUUAAGGAAACAAGGAAAUAUAUUGGGACUUCCGAGGCUCAAGCCCUUUUUCUUAGUUUGGGGAUUAAGUGCGAGGCCGGCGCCUUCGGUACUACACAAGAUAUUUCUGCUUACCAAGCUCUUCUUGAUGAUAUAUUAGCAUAUUUCCUCCAGGCCUGCCCGACAAAUGGCGAAAGGGUAAACCAAACAGAGUUACCGCCUAUCUAUCUCCAGCACCCAGGGCACUCUCUGACAAUCGUUGGUUUCGAAAUACGUAAGAGCGGAAGCCCCAACCUCCUCGUCUUCGACCCAAUGUUCAAAACGUCACCCGCAAUUGAGAGACUUAUUGGCAACAGCCGAGCGAGGCCACAGGAUCCACGUUGCCUUAUAAAGGCGUACCGGCGGGGUCCCGGCUACCUCCAAAAGCACAAGGAGUUUGAAAUUCUCAAGUUGUCUCCAUCAAUGAGAUGGGAGAUUCCAUUGGAGCCAGAAAAAUAA